UUCGAAACACUCGAUCAUCGUCUACCAACCCACCGGUCACCAAUUCGCACUGCUCUUGAAGGCUAUCUGUCAUCAAAUGCUCCAGUCGUGCUCAAAUGCACGCAUUUUCAGCAAAGCCAACACAGCGCAAGCAUCUUCCAUGCCCUCGAACGAGUAGGCGACCGAGUUCGGUCGACCUCUCCACCAUUCGCGCGCAACCUAUCCCGCUGUCCACUACUGAAUGUACUUCAGAAGCUCGUGCAGGCGAACUAUCACGCUGUUCCGAAUCACCAGUUCACGGAAUAGUAGCAUUGUCAUUAAUGACCGGUUGCGGUGGAGUUCGUCUUGUCGGAGUCGCUCGCUGUGCCGUGGCGUGGGGAGUCUUUCAUAUUCGGGUUCUCCGACGGGGAUUGUAUAGUAGGCGAUUGCGUGUUUCACCUUUGUCUAUCAUGAAAUAUACCAGAUAAGUUGUCAAUAUACCUUUUGAAAAGCUAGUGG